CAUUUUAAAGUUAAUGGUUUUGAAGAAGUAAAUGAAUAAAACUGUAGUUCCAUUGCCGGUUCUGGUGUUUAAGCUGUGGAUCUGUGUGUUUUACAGCGGGUUUGGGGAGUGGCCUAUCUACAGCCAUCCUUAUCAGCGUUUUUGCGAUUUCCGCUCAUUAUUCUGCAUGAAAACAUGGGGAUGUCAACACUCAGCUAGCAUUCGGCCGACUGUCUGUAGUCUGGCUGUGAAUAGUCCAUAUUGAUCUGAGGUCCUCCGUGCUCUCUUCUCCCUCAGUCGUGCCUCAGCCGCGACCAUGGACUGUGCUCAAGUGACACUUACUGUUAGGGGAGCGACACCGCCUGGUGAGGUGAUAGCGGUAGUUGGCAGCUGUGAGACUCUUGGCAGCUGGUGUCCUCAGAAGGCAGUGCCCCUACAACAAUCAGAAGAUGAUGGCACGAUUUGGAAAAAGACCAUUACAGUCCCCGCUGGUGUAGAAACCAAGUAUCGCUAUUUUACAGGAUUCUUUCUGGAAUCUAAGAAUGCAGGUGGUCCAUGUCAAGUGAUAGUCAAUAAAUGGGAGACCCAUCAGCUGCCUCGAUCAUUGAGCCCUUCAGAGUCAGACCUAGAGAUUGACGACAGACAAUUUGGAUUUCAUAAUGGAAUUGAAUGUGUAGAUUCUGGCUGGUUGACUUUCCAGACAGAAAUUCGCCUCCGACUCCAUUACUCUGUGAAACCUCCAGUGUCUAUUACUAAGAUGAAAUUCAAGAAAUCUCGCUUCAGGCUGAAGCUGAUGCUGGAGGGCAUUGAAGAGGAAGAUGAUGAGGAGAGCCCUUCAUCCUUCCACAAGAUGACCACCACACUGGAGAUCAGUAUGAUCAGUGAUGGUGGCUAUAAGUCCCGUCAUUCCCAGCCAGAGUGUGGCUAUGCCCUGGAGCCAACACAGUGGACAGAGUACAGUAUUCACACCAUGGACCCUGACAACUUGGAGCUCAUUUUUGAGUUCUUUGAGGAGGACCUGAGUGAGAAGGUUGUUCAGGGUGAUGUUCAUCCAGGUCAUGUUGGCACCGCCUGCCUCUUAUCUUCCUCCUUUGUGGAGAGUGGCAAGGACAAUGGAAUUGUUACCCUUCCAAUCAUGAGCAGAAAUUCCAGGCAAACUAUUGGCAAAGUUAGAGUGGACUACCUGGUUAUCCGACCCAUCCAGGGCUUUCAGUGUGACAUGCAACAGUCCUUCAGUAAGCACUGGCGGAAGAGGCGUCCUCUGGAUGUGGGCCACAGAGGAGCAGGGAGCACACAUGCUGCCAAACAUCACAAGAUCAGGGAAAACACAAUUGCCUCAUUUUUAAGUGCCGCUAGUCAUGGAGCUGCAUAUGUGGAGUUUGAUGUUCAUCUGUCCAAGGACUUUGUUCCAAUCGUGUACCAUGAUCUCACAUGCUGCAUUUCCACUAAGAAGAAAAAUGAUAAGCAUUCUAUGGAGUUGUUUGAAGUUCCUGUGAAGGAUCUGACCUUUGACCAACUUCAGCUUCUUAAGUUAGCCCACACUACAGCAAUGAAAGUGCAUGAUCACAAGGAUCUAAUGGAUGAGGAGGAGUAUGUUGAUGAACAUCAGCCUUUCCCAUCACUUUCUCAGAUAUUUCAGGCCGUUCCAGAGCAUGUGGGAUUUAAUAUUGAACUGAAGUGGAUAUCUCAGAUGAAGGAUGGCUCCUGGGAUGCAAACUUAUCUACUUAUUUUAACAUGAACCAGUUCCUUGAUGUCAUCCUCACAUGUGUACUCCAGAAUGCUGGAAAGAGAAGGAUAAUCUUCUCUUGUUUUGACCCAGAUGUUUGUGCAAUGGUGCGACGGAAACAGAACAAAUACCCUGUCCUGUUCUUGACUCAGGGCGUGUCGGACAUCUACCCUCAGCUGAUGGACAUCCGCUGUCAGACCACCCAGAUCGCUAUGAGCUUUGCUCAAAGUGAAGACAUUCUGGGUAUCAGUGCUCACGCUGAAGACCUCCUGCGCAAUAUGGACAGUAUCACGGUGGCCCAGUCUAAAGGCUUGGUAGUCUUCUGCUGGGGAGAUGACAACAAUGACCAUGAGAACCGGAGGAGGCUCAGGGAGCAAGGCAUCAAUGGCCUCAUUUAUGACAGAAUCUGUGAUGAUCACAUCGAGCAGCCCAACAUCUUUAAAGUAGAAGACCAGGUGUCUCUGAAGGAGGUGAUUCCUGAGGAGACACUGAAGAGUUGUGCCUGCUCCACCUACAGUAUCCCCUGCUCCUCAGUGCCCUGUUCGAGUAAGGCUCGGGCAGGCAGUGGCGAGUCAGACUCAGGCCUCAGCUCAUCCUGAGCCCAAAGCCUUCAGGCAACGUUUCCACAACAUCUCUCAAAUUUUUCCAUAAAGCAGUAUAAAUCAGGCACAGGCACUCCUCAUCUCUGGUUUUGACCUAAGCAACAUUUUUGCCAAAACAAGCUUAAUUUAAUGGUGUAUGCUUCAGUGUAUGAUUAGGUCAAGAAAGAUGGUAAAUAUAAUUACAAAAUACUACAUAUACCUAAGCUUUUGAUUGGACAUUUGUCGCUGUGUUUAGCCAAUAUACUUUAAAUUGAAGUGCUUUAAACAGUAUAUAAUAACAUCUUGUGAUUUUUACUUUAGUAUAAUAGCACCGUCACAUUGAUGGCUGCCAUCACUAAUGACAUGUUUUCCUCAAGCUAUUUAACUUUCUCAUUCCUCUCUAUAAUGUAUUUAGGAUUUCAUGAAUUACACAUGGUGGCGUGAAAUACCCUGUCUAAAUGCAAAUAACCAAUGCAUUUAAUGUAAAUAUACAGUCGUUUGCAAAAGUUUGGGUGCCCCUGAUCACAUUACAUGCUUUUGUUGAUUUUCUGCACAUUUUAAUGCGUAGUUUGUUUAUUUGCUGGAUUUAAUAUGCUGGUUAAUAUAGAAAGAAAAAAUGUGGCCUGUGCAAAUGCUUUGGCAUUUCAUACUUUGUGUUUUUAAAAGAAGUUAAACUCAACAAAUAAUUACAACAAAAUAGUUUUGCACUAAAAUUUGCAGGGAAAUGUUGUGUUUAAUUUGCUCUCUGUACAGUGUUAAAAUGUUUUUGCUUAGAAAAUCAACAAAGCAUGUAAUUUGCAUACCAAUGUAGAUAGACACAGGGCACCAAACUCACCAUCUUUUUAGGUUUACAAAUUUUAAAUACUAAACUGCAGCAGAGGACAAUGUGCUUAGUAUAAUACAAACACAUUUUCUGUGCAGUUUUGGCUCCACGUUCCUCUUGCAGUACCUUAGACAACUAAUAUGUACUAUUUACCUUAAAUUACAUAUGUGAUCUUUGAAAUUGCACAUUUGUGGGCUAAGGAAGAAACUGAAGAGUCACACAAAACAAAGUUCAACAAAGUCAUCUGUAAAACUACAGUACUGUACAGUUGCCUCUGAACACUGUCUCUGUAAAACUCUGUGUGCUCUAAAUGUCAGCUUGGCUGUGUUUCUGUGGUCGGGUGUUAAGUGAGGAGGCCUUAAUUUUUCUUCCACUCUGCAGAGCAAAGGGGCCAUGCAUGUGUGUUACAUGUGCUGCGUAGAACUUAAUGACAAAGUGAUGUACUCACUGUUCACUGUAGGUAAUUCACAUUACCACCACUGAAAACACAAGACUUGAAAAGCUAAAAUAAAAACAUUAUUUAAGCCAAG